GUGAGUUGUGUUGUGUGUUUACGGCGACGCUUUCGCAUCACGUUAGCUUCGUCCGUUUGACAAGUAGCUAGUGGGCAGGAGUUAUACUGUGUUUAUUAAUACAAGUUUGACAUUUUGCCAAUACUGUUCCGUACACAGAACUAGCUGCUAUUGACAUGUUUGCUUUUAUGCGAAAAGGUGACCCAGAAGCAUAGCAAUGAGAAGCCGGCUAACGUAGCGCCGAGGUUAGCCAGCUAGGCGGCACCAGCUAAUUCACCCACAGCUGCGCUACAGCCCGGACAUCGAGCAGUCAAGGAGCAGGUGCGGACAUGGGAGCGGAGAGCAGCGCCUGCGUCCUGCAGGAGCCGCUCCUCACGCUGCCCUCCGGACUCACCAUGUACUCGGCGGUGCUCCAGGACGGGAAGCCCGCUUCGGUGUUCGUUCACAAGCGAGACAACGAGGACAAAGUCAACAAAGCUGCAAAGCACCUGAAGACCUUGAGGCACCCAUGUCUGCUGCGCUUCCUGUCCUGCUCGGUGCAGGACGGCGGCAUCCACCUGGUGACGGAGCGUGUGCAGCCUCUGGAGCUGCUGCUGGACAGUCUGUCUCCAGAGGAAAUCUGUGCAGGCAUCUAUGACCUCCUACAGGCGCUUGUCUUUCUGCACGAGAGGGGCAAAUCAAGCCACAACAACGUUUGCAUUUCUUCAGUAUUUGUCAGUGAAGAUGGUCACUGGAAAGUUGGAGGGAUGGAGACCGUGUGCAAGUUCUCAGAGGCAACCCCAGAGUUUCUCGCAAGCAUUGAGAAUGUGAGGGAGUCCAGCUGUGUUCCUCCAGAAGAGCAGCUUGAUGAGUUUAAGAUGCUUCCAGAUAAAAGUGCUCACUCACGUGAUUGCUACUCAUUUGGAAUGAUGGUGGAGACGCUUAUCCCUCUGCUGAAUGGCUAUGUGUCACAGGAGUUGUCCGACAGUCUGAAGAACACCCUGCAAACACAUCUAUUGAACUCUGACCCUCUGUGUCGUCCUCCGCUCAGCUCCCUGCUGACUCAUGACUUUUUUAGGAAUGACUUUCUGGAAGUGAUGAAUUUUCUGAAGAGCUUAACUCUGAAGACAGAAGAUGAGAAGAACGAAUUCUUCAAGUUUCUUCUAGACAGAGUUCAGAGUCUCCCUGAAGAGCUGAUAGCUACACGUCUGGUCUCCAACCUUCUAAACUCACUAGUUUUUGCAGAACCCACAGCUGUCAAAAGCUUUCUGCCUCAUCUUCUGAGACCAAAGAAAGAUACCGGUGGUGGUAGCAGCAGUGAAGAAUGCCUUCUGUCUCUGUCCCUUUAUCGGAAACAUGUGAUUCCUCAGCUUCUCAAGCUUUUCCAGGUCAAUGAGGAACACAUUCGCAUCGUGCUUCUUGCUCACAUUCACAUCUACGCUGAGUUCUUCUCCGAUGACGAACUCAAAAACCAGAUCCUACCUCAGGUUUUGUUGGGAAUGAGAGACACCAAUGAUUCUAUGGUUGCAAUGACGCUACAGAGUCUGGCUGUCUUGGUGCCCUUGCUUGGGGCUCAGGUUGUGGUUGGAGGAGAAAGAACCAAGGUUUUUAAACGCACCACGCCCAACUUCACCAAGUCCCCAGAAGUCACACCCGAAAAUUCACCUGUUCACAUAGUUGGAAACUCCCAUCCUCAGCUGGCACAGCCAUCCAAAGUGUUAAAUUUAUUUCCAAGACCGCCGGAUAAUGAAGACUUGGUCCUGAGCGAUAUUGGUAGCAUAGCAGGUACCAGAGAGAGUCCUGGAACUUUCCCUCUGCAAAUAAAAUCAGAUGCCACUAGACAGAUGUCUCUGCCUUUGAACGGCCUUCAUCAGGACAGUGAGAUGAAGCCAUUGCCAUACAGCCCAAAGCAGCCGGACAGGCUGGAAGGCCCAGUGAAUGACUGGCCUGACUGGAGUGAUGCUGAAGAAAGUGAGAACAGAGAUGCUCAGUCAGUCCAGAUUCACAUUCAGGCCUCAGAGAGAAUAGAUUCAGUCAGCAACAGACUGCCACACAGGAACACGGAAGAGGAGCCAUGGGAUGACUUUGAGGACCCUGAACCUACCAUGGAUCUCUCUCCUACUGCUCCUUUAUCAGACCCAGUUACACUGGCACCUCCCAGAGGCAAACCCCUCAAGUUGACCUCAAAAGUGCGACAAUCCACAGAGACCACUUCCUCUUGGGACAGUGCAUGGGCUCAAGAGGAGGAGGGAAAAUCACAUAAUCCGUUAAAGCCCAAGCGUACAGCGCCCCAGAAGAUUGGUGGGAUAAGUGGUCUGGGGGAAGAGUUUACUAUUACGGUGAAGAAAAAGGUAGAGAAAGACCCAGAGUUGGAUUUAUUUGCUGACAUGGUGCCAGAUAUCAAGUUGUCCUCUCCAUCACUGCUGCCACUGGAAGAGGACAGCAGGAGUAAAACUGGGUGGUCAGAGAACACUAAAUCUUUGCAGAUUGACUCCUCCAUUGAUACCAUCACCUUUACUGCCAAGUUUGCAGCUGCCAGCAUUACAGAGGUAGAAACGGAUGGCUGGGGAGAUGGAGAUGACCUGAACUGGGAGGAUGAGGGUAGCUGGUGAUGAUCCAUCUGUUUCAUCGGGAGCACAGCACUUGACCCCUGAAAAACUAGAUUUUCUCUAUUUAACAUAAUGCACUGACGUGAGAAAUGGGCUGAGAUGUUUUACACCACGGCUCCAGAGAUUUAUCGUCAGCAUGUUCAUUCAUCUUGUACUGGAGGGAUUGGAUGCUUAUUUGGUUGUGUGACUUCGUGCUUGAAGCCAUUCUUAAUUGUUUACCAACAGAUACUAUUUUCAUCGUGGGACAAACGUGGAUAAUCAGAGGUGAAGCUGGCUUUCAUUGGCUUCUUUUUAACUGUGCCAACUUCAUUACUGGCAUGAAAAUCAAGUUACACUUUUUGGCAAGACAUAGCUUGUCCAAAAUGUGUCGGGUUUGAUUUACAGAAAGCUCUUGCUUUGAAUGAAUAUGAAGGAGGAACUAAAUAAUUUAUUAGUAGCUUUUUGGUUGCUUGUGAAAUAAAGAUUUUACUGUAUCAAA